GUGACGACGAGGAGCGGCAGCCUGAAUCGAGCCCGCUGAAUCAAGUCCAGGAGGAACUUUCCAACGUUAAGUUGCAUUAUCCUUGGUCAUUUUAUACAAGUUAUAGAAAUAUAAAAAAAGGUCUGCAUUUAGCGCUUCAAAAAAUAGGCUAUAAACUUUUGUCCAGUUAUUUAUAAGUCCUAUCUACUUUCCCAUUUACCCUCUACCUUCCUACCUAGUUUUUGCUCCUAAAUUUCAUAUGUACAUAAUAUGCUGAAAUGUAUUGUAGGAGCAACAUUUAAGUAGUAGAGAUUAGUGAUCUCUUUACCCUCUCCCUUGUCAUGCUUUGUACUUCUCAAUUCAUGCUGUCUAACUUCUAUCCAAAUAGCAUAUCUACCAUUGUGGCAAAAGAAUGGCAAACAUCUCCAUGGAAAUAUGUCCAAGGUCCAGCUCUCUUACAACGACAUAAUAAUUCACCUCCCAUAUCUAUAGUACAUUCAACACUGGUUGCUCUUGAAAGAGAAGAAGAGAAUGUGGAAGAAGAAAAAGAAAAACCAAAGAUAAAAUGGCAUGAUGUAGGCCCCGACAUAACCGAGGCCCAGAAGGAAGCAAUAACUCAGCUUCCACCAAAGAUGACCAAUCGGUGCAAGGCCAUAAUGAAACGCAUCAUAUGCUUCACUCAAGAUGAAGUUUUAUCUCAUAUUUUGGCAGCAUGGGUAAAGGUCAUGAAGCCCCGAAGAUCUGACUGGUUGACAGUUCUCAAAGAAUUGAAGAGGACAGAGAGCCCUCUCCUUUUGGAGGUAAUGGACUGGGUCUUAUUGGAAGAGUCCUUUGAAGCCAAUGCCCGUGACUACACCAAAGUAAUUGACACUUACGCAAAGCACAACCUCAUAGAAAAAGCAGAGAGCACAUUCCAAGCUAUGAAGAAGAGAGGCUUCCCUUGUGAUCAGGUCACGCUAACGGUUCUCAUUCACAUGUACAGCAAAGCCGGAAAUCUUAACAAAGCCAAAGAAGCAUUCCAAGAAAUCCAAUUUCUCGGCCUCCCUCUCGAUAGAAGAGCAUACGAUUCCAUGAUCAUGGCUUAUAUUAGAGCUGGAGAGCUGAAUCUCGCAGAGAAUUUAAUGAAAGAAACGGAAGCUAAAGAAAUAUAUGCAGGAAGAGAAGUGUAUAAAGCUUUAUUGAGAGCUUAUUCAAUUAUAGGCAAUUCUGAUGGGGCGCAAAGAGUGUUUGAUGCUAUUCAGUUUGCAAGGAUUGUUCCUGAUUCAAAACUAUGUGCUCUUCUUAUAAAUGCAUAUUGUGUUGGAGGUGAAACUGAUAAAGCUUUAAGUGUGCUGGAGAACAUGAAGAGCGUUGGGCUUAAGCCUAAUGGGAAAUGCGUUGUUCUUGUGUUGGAGGCUUAUGACAAGGAGAACAGCAUUGAGAAAGCUCUGGCUUUUCUCAAGGAUUUGGAGGAUGAUGGUGUAAAAAUUGAUGAAGAGGCGUCAGAGAUUUUAGAACAGUGGUUUCAGAGAUUGGGGGUCGUUGAUGACGAAUUGCGUCGUGACCUGAGAAAAUUGUGUCUUGAAAAGAAGGGAAGAUUGAAACUAAGCUGAAAGAAAAAUGUUUGGUCUUUUGUUCUUGUUUUAUUGGUGUUAUAUUCAAUGUUAUUUGUAAUCACAUAAGCUUUUUUCUUUUUAGUUGUAAAAUUCUGUCAUAUUAUCUCGUGAUAACUCUUGUAAGAAGUUGGCCGCUGCGGAGAUCA